AUGAAUGACUCCGUGGAUAAUAUUACAGAAGAUUGGCACAAAUAUGUAACGUUGGCGCUUAGUGAAGUGCCGUACAGUUCCCAAGUGAUAUUCUCAAUAGCGCUAUUCUUGAUCUUCGUCGCUAGUCUUGUGGGCAACGUACUCACUUGCAUCGUGAUCUACUACGACAAGACGAUGCACACCGUCACCAACUGCUACCUCUUUAACUUGGCUGUGUCAGAUUUACUCGUUACGUUCCCAAUAUUGAUCAUCAUUUAUCAGCUCCUGACACAAAAGCACGAGUUGUUCCAGUACAACAAUGGGGUGUUUUCUUGUAACUUCGUGAUGUGCAUACACUUUUUGAUCAUCGGUGUGCUUUGGAACAACAGCAUCUUAGUGAUGACGGCUCUAUCGAUAGAACGAUACAUAGCAGUGUGCUAUCCGAUGACUUUGAAGCGCACGGGUGUGUGGCAGAGAGUCGGGAAGAUUCUGGGAAUAAUUUGGACGAUAGCGGUUUUAGAGACGGUGCCAGAGUUUUGGGUGCUGGAGAUAUUCAACAGUGGAAAUACAUUCAUUUGCUUUUCCUUGCCAUCUUGGUUUGGGAGGAUCGUAAUAGCAGUGAGUGCUGUCCUCACGUUUAUAGUACCGCUGGCUAUAAUGAUAUUCGUGUACUCCAGAAUAGCAGUAAGACUAAACCAUAAUAAUGUGGGACAUUUUGAUGGUGCUGUUUUUAAUAGUGGAUUUAAAAAGAAGAAAGUUAAUAAACUCAUACUCACGCUGACUCUAUCGUUUGUAAUCUGCUGGCUGCCAUGCUUCCUGCUCAAAGCGUUGAUGUUUGCAGUUCACUACAAAAAAUUCGCCCACCUGCAUCAGUGGUGGUCGACAGUGAACAAGAUAGCGAUGUUCAAUAGUUGGCUACCGACGGUAUUGAACCCACUGCUAUUCAGCGCCAUGUCCACUAAGUUUAGGAAAUCAUUCAAGAGGCUUUGCGAAGGAAAACUUAGGAAACGAAAUCUAAGAAGCGAAAAAUGUGAAGCGAGUAGCAGUGAGCGUGAAAAAUCAACAAAAUAUUAUCAAGUUGAGUAA